GUUAAACACAGCGUAAAUAGCCAUCUCGAAAAUUUUCGGUUUGAAAAAUUAUUAGUGAUUCAGCCCAAUCAAGUUUUGAAAAAGCAACAAAACCCACAUUUUUUUCUCCGUUCAUUUUCUUUUCUUCUUUUCUUCUUCUGCCUGGCUGUUUUCAAUCAGCUUUAAUUUCUCAUUCACAAAUCAGGACAAAUUCAACACAAAAUGCCUGACAUUCCACCACCAUCAGAAGCAGCAGCAGACCAGAAGCCACAGCUAGGAUCCAUGCGCGGAGGAAGCUCGCUCCGUGGGCGCGGGCGAGGUCGUGGUGGUGGCCUGCCCUCGGCCAGCGGGUCGAUCCCCAACGAGCGACUGCACUCCAUACGCGAGCGCACAACAGCAGCAGCGGGAGUGCCCGGAGCCUCAGUGUCAGGAAGAGGCAAGAUGGUAUUCACGCCUAACGUGCCAGCCAGAAGGAACAAAAAAGAGCCCUCAGCCCUGCUUCUAGCCAAGCCUGUCGUCGAGGCAAUCACUGGGCCGUUUGCCCAGGGUCCAGCGUCAUUGUCUAGCGGCGGAUCCUCUAGGCGCGGUAUGGGCGGCGGCGGCGGCGGCAGCGGCAGCGCACUGUUGCCGCCUGGCGUGUCUGGUGUCGAUAUGACGUCGGCAGCCGGCGCCAAGCCAGAGUCUGGGUUUGGCGUCGAUGACUCGAGGGGCGGCAACUCGGACUCGCAGGUCGUCAUGGUGACGGAUCACAACGACGCGACGGCAGUAGAUGCCCUGGAGGUGCAGACAGAGGAGAUGGCCAUCAGCGCGGCGGAAGAAAUGGGCAGGUUGAAGCUGGACUUUGGUGCUGCCUCCUUUUUCACAGCACAGGCCAAGGCUGAGAAUGGCGAUUGCAGUGGCGAGCUGGCAGAGGGUCUGGAAGACAAGAUGAUGGUGUUCCAGGUUCCCGAGCUUCCCAUUUUUGAGCUGGCUCCUGAAGUCUUGCAGCGGCGGCUCACUGCCAAGCAGCGCAAGAUUGCAAGGGCAGCGGGGCGGUCGGCAGAGGCCAAGCCCUCGGUUGUCGACCUCGAUGCCGACGUCAAGCCUGACAUUGCUAAGCUCGAGUUGGGCGUGGACAUUAAGCCCGACUUGUCCAAGCUGGACAUCAGCGACGACACACCCGACGCUGACGACAAUGGUGAGCUGGAUGAAGGCGAAGCCAAUGGUGAUUUGGCCGACGGGCGCAUCGGCACGUUGGUUGUGCUAAAGUCGGGCGCUGUCAGAAUGAAGAUCGGCGAUAUCUUGCUUGACGUCUCGCGAGGCGCCAACUGCCAGUUCAUGCGCGGGCUGUUUGCGCUGGAUACGAGCGCCACCCACACUGCCUUUAUGCUGGGCAAUGUUGACCAGCAGUUCAUGUGCACGCCCGACCUUGACAGCAUAAUUUAG